ACCUAACCAGUAACACCGGCUCGUCGAUCUUAUCUCCCUCCGUUCACAUCCAUAUCUUCGUAAACCGAAACUCAAAAUAGUUUUACAUCGCAAUUCAAUUCAUUUUCAAUCGAGAAGAAAUAGUCACGAAAAUGUUGAGGCACGCUACUAAAAGGAUUCUAGGGUUGGGAUUAGCCGAUACACGGUCAUCUGCACCGGUGGUGGCUCGGAUUCUGCCGAGGUUUUACCACGAGAGGGUGGUGGACCAUUACAACAAUCCUCGUAACGUCGGUGCUUUUGAUAAGAACGAUCCUACCGUUGGAACAGGGCUUGUGGGUGCGCCGGCUUGCGGAGAUGUUAUGAAGCUUCAGAUUAAGGUUGAUGAAGAGACUGGGAAGAUUACGGAUGCUUGCUUCAAAACGUUUGGUUGUGGUUCUGCCAUCGCUUCUUCUUCUGUUGCUACCGAAUGGGUCAAAGGAAAACAGAUGGAAGAAGUUCUCACUAUCAAGAACACGGAGAUUGCAAAACACUUGUCUCUUCCACCUGUGAAACUCCAUUGCAGCAUGCUUGCAGAGGAUGCCAUUAAAGCAGCAGUCAAAGAUUAUGAAACUAAACGUUCUAAUAAUAAAUCACUUCCAGACAAGAAGGCUGCUGAGGCUUAAAACAGAUAACAAGAUCACAUAUGUGGUGUAUCUUUUCCCUUUUUUUUGGAUGUUUUCUAGUGUUAUAAAAGGAGUUGGAAGUUGCAGGAUAUAAAUAUAUGUAUCUAAACAAGUUGGAGGAGACUUUAACUGUAGCCAUAUCAUAUGCUUGUUGUUAUGAAACUCAUUUUACUUUUCUAUAAUAAUCUGCAAUUGUCUA